UAACGUUUAACAACCGAAGGAGUAAGAAGUGAUUUUUGUGACCCAUUUUUGAAUUAAUAUUAAAGACACAAUGUUGUUUCUACCUUUGAGUUUGAUAGCAGUGGGCUUACUACUGGCUUGGUACCUAAUAGGAAAACGCAAUGAGAGCUACUGGAAAAAGCGUGGCGUAAAGUUCUACAGUAAAAACAAAGUGAUUGGACCUUACUGGGAUUAUUUCAUAACACAGCGUGCGUUGUUCGAAGUCUUAACAGACCUGUACAAAAAAUAUAGACAUGAACCAGCUAUUGGUAUUGGUCAAGUCCUAACACCUGCUCUCUUUGUCAUCGAUCCGAAGAAUGUUCAGCAAGUUUUAUCAGGUGACUUCCAAUCUUUUAACCACCGAGGCAUUGAAAGUAUUGAAGGGGAUCAACUGACCGAUAAUAUUCUCAUGAUGAAUGGUCCAAGAUGGAAGCUGAUGCGACAGAAUAUGACUCCGUUGUUUACGGCAAACAAAUUGAAGAACAUGUAUUACAUCAUGGACAAAAGUGCUCAAGACUUUGCGAACUAUUUGAAAAACAACCCCAAGACACGUGAUGGUAACUUAUUUGAAACUCUUAUGAUGUUCUGUAAUGCUGCAGUUUGUGGAGCUAUCUUCGGCAUUGGGUCAGAGUCAAUCUUUGAUACACCUUUCCUCAAGCUUGCGAAAAACAUAUCGCAAUCCAAUUUUAAGAUGAGAAUGAAAUUCGUUAUUUAUAGUCUCAGUCCAAAGUUGUACAAACUGUUGAGAUUACAAGCUUUCAACGAGAUCGAAGACUUCUUUAUUGGUUCAAUAAGUCAAGUGAUGAAAUCAAGAGAACAAGAAAAUGUAAAGAGACACGACUUUGCUGAAAUUGCUGUGGCUAUACAGAAAAAUGGUAUUAUGAAAGACCGUACAACAGGUUGCGAGAUAGAGCCUACUACCGGCAUUUUGUCUGCACAGGCAUUUUUCUUCUUUAGUGCUGGUGUAGAGCCUUGUGCUAAUGCAAUCUUUUCAACAUUAUUUCUUUUAAGCAGUCACCCAGAAAUACUAGAAAGAGUUCACCAAGAAAUUGACGAACAUUUUGAAAAGCAUAGCAACAACAUAAAUUACGAUGUUAUAUGUGAAAUGAAGUACACAGACAAGGUGCUGAGUGAAGCGAUGAGAAUGUUACCUCCAAUUGGUCACUUGACAAGACAAUGUGUUCAAAAUACUGUCCUGCCUGUUGGUAAUAUCCCAGUAGAAAAGGGGACAAAAAUGUUCACUCCAAUUUAUGCUAUUCAUCACGACCCAGAAUUGUAUCCAGACCCAGAAGUGUUCGACCCGGAGCGAUUUGCCAAUGAUAGAAAACCGAAUGAUAACAUUUACAUGCCAUUUGGAAUGGGCAACAGGGCAUGCAUAGGGGAGAGGUAUGCCAAAUUACAAGUACAAGCCGGUUUAGUUCACGUCUUGCGAAACUUCACUGUUAAACCGCAGAAACAUGUAAAAGUAACAUUUGCCCAGGAUCCAAUUAAUGUGAGACCGACAAAUUGCGAUGUCCAACUAAUUCCGAGAAAUAUCAAAUAGAUUUAUUAAAUGUAUUUUAACUUAUCUUAAUAUUCAAUUGGUUGUGGUUCGCCUCGUGAAGUGAUUCAUCACAGAAGUUGCUCUGUUUAAUAAAGAAGGGUAUAAGGGGACAAAAGGUUGUAUAAUAUCCAAUGGGGCUUUUAUGUUGUUUGGUAAAUAUGGGAUAAUGUUGACUACAUACUGUCAAUGUUUGUCAAUGGAUUAAUGGCGAUGUGAUAGCCUAAUAGAAAUUGUUUAAUAUGUUAAUUUGUUAUUUUCACUUGGAACAAGAAUUGUGAAAUUACUAGAACAAAAUUUGCGUUUUGAAGUAAUUCUGCAGAUUGAACUUGAACUCGUAUUUUAUAUUGUUUAUAAAACUUAAUAAAUGUUAUAUUUCAUUA